AUGUACGUGGAGAAGAAGAAAUUAAAGCCUUGUGUCCGCCAAUUAAGUUUACACACGGUGGAGCUAGAGUCCCAUCAAGGUGAUGAUUCUUCUGAUCAAGAGGACGGCGUAGAUCUGGCUAAACCCAUCAAGUGUACUUGUUUUUAUCGUCGUGGGAAGUCUCAUGAUCACAUUACGGAUUACAUUAUGCCUACCACAUAUGAGUUAAAACAACAAAUAGACGAUGACCGAUUGUUAGUGGAUGGUACUUUAUCAACUCUAGAAGACGGAACACUUGUAAGGAGCCUCGAAGGAUUACCUUUAGAGGGACCUGUUCUGUACGUUGGCUAUCACAUGCUAAUGGGAUUUGAUUUGAUUACAAUGGUAACUCAAAUCAUGAAAGAGAGGAAUAUCCACCUGCGGGGUUUGAUACAUCCGAUGGUUUUCAAGAAUCUCCAAGACUCAUUAGUCGACACGCAGAUGUUUGACAAAUAUAAAAUAAUGGGUGGAGUUCCAGUCUCUAGUUUCAGUAUCUACAAACUACUGCGUGAAAAGGCUCAUGUGCUUUUGUAUCUCGGAGGUGUCCGUGAAGUUACAUACAAAGUGACUUUGCAGGGUGAAGAAUACAAGCUGUUUUGGCCACAACGAUCUGAGUUUGUGAGAGUUGCAUCUAUAUUUGAAGCCAAAAUCGUUCCUUUUGGUGUUGUUGGAGUAGACGACAUCUGCCAACUUGUCCUGGAUUCCAAUGAUCAAAGGGAAAUCCCUAUCUUGAAGGAUUUAGUUGAAAAGGCUACAAAGGACACUGGCAACAUAAGGGAAAGAGACGAGAGCGAAUUGGGAAACCAAGAUAUCUGCAUCCCAGGAGUUGUACCUAAGAAUCCAGGGAGGUUCUACUAUUACUUUGGCAAACCAAUAGAAACAGCAGGUAAGGAGAAAGAGUUGAAAGACAAAGACAAGGCACAAGAGCUUUACUUGCAAGUAAAGUAUGAGGUUGAACAACGUCUUGCCUAUUUAAAAGUAAAAAGAGAGAGUGAUCCUUACAGAUACUUGUUGCCAAGGAUGUUGUAUCAAGCUUCACAUGGUUGGUCUUCUGAAAUUCCAACGUUUGAUCUCUAAAAUCUCUCUCUGAAUUAUAUGUACUGUACUGUGUCUAUAUAUGUUGUACACAUCUAAUCAUAUGAUGUUUAGAGGUUCUAAGUUUCUUUAGAGAUCUAAGAUCUUUUAUUUGGUUCGUGGAAAAAUAAGACAACAUUUUCAUUCAACUGAAUAUAUAAGACAUGAA